AUGCCAGUACGGGUUGCCCACGCGCCGCCGCAGAUGAGAUGCCAUGACCCUUCUUUUCUGGGGCCACAGCGCCGAGGUUCUCUUCUCAGUUGGCCCGGCCGCGACAACCCGGUCAUGUACGCCCUCUCGCUGCUCUGCGUCUUCGUCUUCGCCGUCCUCGUCGAGCUGCUUUUCCCACUGCAGCUUCUUCAAGCCCUGCGCGAACGGCUUCGCGUGUGGGGUUCUGCAGACUGGUCUCUAACACGCUGCGCUCCGGGCUGUCGUAUUGGUGAUGCUCGCCGUCAUGUCGUUUAA